CAGCAUCUUCCGCCAGACAGUGACGUCACCUGAGAUCGACAAAGCCUGACGUUUAGCGAAACGGGCUGGAAUUAUUUUGUUGACGUUUUGUUUUCCAAGGCUGUGCCACUGCAAUGUUUGAACAUUAAGACGACGUUCCCUGCUGCUUUCAAAGACCUCCGAUUCGACGUUAGCGUCACGCCUCAGUGCAGGGAUCGAGCAAAGAUGAAAUGGAUGUUCAAAGAGGACCAUUCCCUCGAGCACCGAUGUGUGGAGGCAGCAAAAAUCCGCAACAAAUACCCAGACAGAGUGCCGGUGAUCGUGGAGAAAGUGUGCGGCUCUCAGAUAGUGGACAUUGAUAAGAGGAAGUACCUGGUGCCCUCCGACAUCACCGUGGCCCAGUUCAUGUGGAUCAUCAGGAAACGCAUCCAGUUACCUUCUGAGAAAGCCAUUUUCCUCUUUGUUGACAAAACAGUCCCGCAGUCCAGCCUGACUAUGGGCCAGCUCUACGACAAGGAGAAGGAUGAGGACGGCUUCCUGUACGUGGCCUACAGCGGAGAAAACACAUUUGGUUCCAAGAUUUUUUUGUACGACAAAGGCUUAUUAGCCUUUCACACAUAAACACACCCGCAUUAAGUACACGGAUGCACAGUGUUUCAGACAUUCCUGCAUCUGACGCAGUCGCUUCAUGACCAUUUGAUGGCACUUGAAUAGAUAUAAAUGCAAUAGAAAAAUAUCAUAAAUCAUGGAAUGCAACUGAAAGGAAACAACACAAAACACUGCCGUACUGUAAAACGACCACAGCAGUCAGCGCAUCCGACAUGCAUGCCACCUAUUUAUUAUUUUCCUUGUUGCAGGUACAUGUGUUCGCACCAAUCAUACUGCAUCUGUAUUUGUGAACACUGAAGUACAUAUGCAAGACGUUAGACGCAGUGUCAUAAAAAGGAAGUCCAGUCUUGUAUGAAAUAGCUAAAAGCCAUACUACAUACUAGUACGAGGAAAACAACUUGAGAUUUCUGUGUACUUUGUACUGUGUUUUCAUAUCAAGUAAAUACAGCGCCAGUAUUGCGGAUAUGAUCGACUGUGAUUUGUUUAUCGUCGUCGCAGUCAGACUAACGUCAUCAUUUGUAAGCUAUAUAUAAACCAGAAAACCAAAAAAUUGUAAAUAUAAACAUAGAUAAUUAAAAAAUACCGUUCCCAUCAUGCUAGUAUCUACCCAAUCCUAAUAUUACCCACGGUAUCGAUAUUUGUACAAAUCUACCAAUACCUAUAGUCAUGCAGCCGAAAGCCAUACUGAUUAAAAGAUACCUUGCCAGAAAAUGUCUUUAGUAACGAUAAAAGUAAAAGUAUUAAAAUAAACUGCAAUAUAUUGUACUUUUACGAUUUAAGAACUAGAUGACCUUCGACCCCUGACCAAUCACAAAAGAGCAGGCGUGGUCAGGAUAGGAGUCUCGAGCGUUUCAACCGAGAGAAGAAAACUGCAGAUUAACCCUGUAUAAACUUGACAUUUAUGGAGUAUUUUAUUCAAAGAGACUUACUGUAGAACUCUGCUGGGAUCCAGUAUCAUUUAUAAAAAACUAUCACACAAAAAAAAACUGAAGUCAGGUAGCAAAUGACCCGGAAAUGCUUCAAACCUGACUAACUUCCCGCUGUCACUAAAAAACUGAAGUCAGGUAGCACAUAACCCGGAAAUGCUUCAACCCUGACUAACUUCCUGAUAUCACUAAAAAAACUGAAGUCAGGUAGCAUAUAACCCGGAAAUGCUUCAAAUCUGACUAACUUCCUGUUUUGGUUGGCGCCGUUUGGCGAUUGUUCGGCUCGUGGCAUCGUCGAACGUGUCACUGACACUAGCAAACAACGAGAAGUAAAACGAUAAAAGUAACAGUAACUUUACUAGCAAACAACGAGAAGUAAAACGAUAAAAGUAACAGUAACUUUACUAGCAAACAACGAGAAGUAAAACGAUAAAAGUAACAGUAACUUUACUAGCAAACAACGAGAAGUAAAACGAUAAAAGUAACAGUAACUAUAUGAUACUGAAUGGGUCCCACAACAACAAACAGUCACGUACUUCAGUGUUAUCAUUCUUUUUAAUGCGUUAUUAUCGUGUUCCUAUGUGCAACACAAGUGGCUUCAGUGUUAUUGUUUACAUCGAUAUGUAUCUCUGCAACCAUACAGUCUAAUAAGAUGACACAUGAUGAUACCACAUUUAUUUAUUGACCCGUUCAUUGCAAUCAUACCGUAGUCACCAGUGUUCAUUCUUCUUUGUCCAAAAGUCUACUUUAAUGUGAAGGUGCUUGCAUACUUGCUAAUAUACACAAACUAGUACUACUGUUGAAACUAAGGUGUACACACUGCAAGGUGUGCCUAACGUGUGUACACACGGAAUAAAACAAUAUUAACAUUUUGAACUAAAUUGUGUACAGCUUAUGAUAUGACUUUAGGGAUGCUGUGUAUAAUAAAGGUUACUAACUACGUGCAUGACUGGUUCACACAAUAAUACUCAAGUAAUGUUGCUUUGCUGUUUGGCUAUGUUUUCAUGUUUUUGGGGGUGCGGGGUGAUAUAUCAAAGUAUCACAAUAUUUAUAAUUGGUGUGCUCAUUAAAUGUAUGUUAGACACUGUAGGUAUUUUAAAUAAAUAAAGUAGCUUGGAGGACAUAAUUCAAAUACAGGCGGUAACAUGAGUGAUUGUGGUUGUCCAAAAGGUGGCGCAGGGGCCAUUUUUGACCCUCAGUUUAUUUAUUUUUUUCUGACAGUGAAUUGAUGCUAUAUACGAUAUUACACUAACUUGCUUUGCCACCAAUAACACAAAGCUAAUAUGUUCAUGUUUCGCUCCGAUAGCUAGAAUACUGUGGUCAGACUGGCCUGCCUCGUGUCAACAUAAGCGGAACUAGCCACUGGCGACUUUGUGCAGAGACAUAGAAGAAUGGCUGCUAAUAAAGGAUUUUUCUUGGU